AUGUCGUUCAUUUCAAACAUAUUCUACCGAGCCGCUGUCAGCGAGGAGUCCAGACGAGCGCCUAUCGGCAAGGUCAAUCGCGCUCGUCGUACAGGACAACGAGGCAGCGCCAGCAAUUCCGACGGCGGCAAGGAGGCUGGCCACGCUGACGAAAAUGUCGACAUCUUCAAUAGCAACGCAGGCCCUUCUGAAGCCGAUACCUUCCAGGCAAAGGUUCAGAUCAUUGAAGACAUCAUCGCAGAAGACAACCUGUACAAGGUCUUGGCCAUCAAAAGGAAUGCUAAGAACGACGAGAUCCGCCGUGCCUUCUUGACGAGGAGCCGAUCUUGUCAUCCUGACAAAUUUCCCGACUAUCCCAACUCGACCAUCGCAUUCCAGAAGCUCGCCUUCGCCUACGAGACUCUGUCCAAACCUGCAUCACGGCAAGCAUACGACUUCUCUCCUCACACGCAUUCCAUGUUCAACGGCAAAUCGCCUCACGAUGCUUUCGAUGACGAAUUCGGGGAAGCGUUCGCCGACGCCACCCUUCAAGAUGUCCUCUUCACCGUCUAUGUCGAAUUCUUCGAAGGCGAUUUCACCUCGGUUAAGGCUCUGCUCAAGGUCCUCGCCGACAGCGGUCUGGGCACGUACAGCGAUGCCAACAUCAACAGUAUCGAGGCCAAAUUCAGAGCGCUCUCACGCCUCAUGCGAGCUACACGCAGAUAUUCGCGCGUCCUUCUCAACGAGAUGUCUCGUCUCUACGAGAUUCAGCAGGACCUGCGUGGUCUCUCCUACUUUGACAUCCCAGGCCGUCUUCGGUUGACGUUGCAGCUUGCCCGAGUCACCCUUAGCAUUCCCUUGGCGAUCGAUCAGGCCAUGCAGAACCCUGAGGAUUACGACCGCAAGGAGUUUGGCCAAUGGUUCGAAGACUUGCGCGCGCAAUCAUCGGACUAUAGCUCGAGCGAGGACGACGACAAGCAAGCGAACCACAGCUUCGGCCUGCAAGGCGAGUGCGAGUCUGGCGCGCUCGGAUCGGACGAGCAUGCACGUCUGCGGUACGUGCGCGCUCGCGACGCCCGCAUUGCGCGGCGAGCUGCCGAACGUCGCGAUCCAGGCUCCGACAAUGGUCCCGCCACAGAUCAGGAGGCGGCCGCCUUGCCACCAGAGGAGAUCAAGGAGCUGCAAACGGGCUUCCUUGGCCCCACCACGACGGCUCUGUUUACGGGCAUGGUCAAUCUUCUCGAAGCAGGCGAAGGAUGGAUGGGUGGAAAGCCAGCAGCGACAGUGUAG